CUUUUUCCCUUCCCUUCACUGUUAACUGAAUUUUCGUCGACAUUAGUUUAUUUCUAAAGUGAGUAAUCAUUAAAUCCUGCCAAGUUUUUUGACCACUAUGAAAUGCCUUCAAUUAUUUCAAGAGAUGUCGGCUAUUAGGAAAUAAUACCCACAUCACUGCACCAGGUGAUGAAGCUAAUGACCCAGCACGUUUUGGGUGGGGUUAGAGGGAGAUGGGGCCCUUCCCGUGAAACCCACAAGCGCGGGAGGCCCGAAUAGCAGCUUUCCAGGUCCAGUUUCGCCUUCGCCCCAGCAGUUCCUUGGCCCACAAGGCGCCCUCAUUGCUCAGCGCUGAGAGCCUGCCUUUCAAGGCCCGCAGCCCCCGCUGAGCCAUAGCUCAGCUCUAUCCUUCUCUUACGCGACUCCGAGAUGCUUCAUGUUGGAACCAACUAAUUUUACCUUCUUUGAGCCGCACACUCGGCCUCCUAUUUCUCCAGGUCUCCAACUAUAUUUGUAAUUCGGUUGUGCGCAGCUGGGUAAGUUAUGCGCGUCCACGUUGUGCAGCGCUACCAGCCCGACACGAACCAGAAAACCUGUUUAUCCCUAUGGUAAAGAAGGCACGUGGCUGAUGAGCAGGGUAGUGAGGCCGCCGAGUGAGGCAGAGGAGCAGUCCUGGGAAACAGAGGACGAUGACAUGGCAGAAGGCGAUUUAGGAUAUGGCCUCGGAAGAAGGCCUGGCGGCAUUUAUGAAGUGCAAGUUUCACAUUUAUUUACAUCUGGAAAAAAGUCAGCUGGAAAGAGCUUUAGUCCUCUCCCAUUUUCAAGAAAUGAGGAAGAAAGAAAUGGUGCCAUUUUUCAGUAUUCCAAGCAUAAGAACUUGCAAGAAACAUAUCCUGCAGGGUCCCGAAUCCUGCAUCACAGCCAACAAAGUAGCACUGAUUUGAAUUCAGAGUUGUCAAAUGUGGAAUUAAGGCAACAUCUUCAUGACGCUUUAGAGGAGGUAGAAAAUUUGAAAACUGAACUUGAGGCAUCUCAGAGACAACUUGAAGGUAAAGAAGCAGCAUUGAAAAUUCUUCAGAGCAUGGCAAUAUUUGACAAAGCCACAAGUCAUACCCAGGCAGUGCUUCAAAAAACUGUGGAACAAAAGAAAUCUUUGGAGAAGGAAAUAAAUGCCUUGCAGUGGGAAAUAGAAUUUGAUCAGAAUAGAUUUAAAAAUAUAGAGGAAUCUUGGAUCCAAAAAUAUGACAGGCUAAACUGUGAAAAUGCAGUCCUCAAGGAAACUUUAAAAUUGAAAACAGAAGAAAUUAAAAUGCUCAAGUCUGAAAAUGCAAUUUUGAAUCAGCAGUAUUUGGAGGCCCUCUCUGUGCAGAAGGUGACUCAGGAAAACACAUGCCAGGGUUCAAGUGGCUCUCCAGAGGUUUCCAGUCUUGAGGUAGGUACGCAGCUUGCAGUCCUGGGAGUCUGCCUUUGUCAUGGUCCUGGAGGGAGCCCCUGUGCCUGUGCCAAAAUGGCAGCGUCCACUGGGAAAAUGGUCCUUCAGCUCAAACAGGAGCUGGAACUUAUGCAGAAGAGUAAAGAAGAAGCCUACAUAAUGGCUGAUGCAUUCAGAAUUGCCUUUGAGCAACAAUUAAUGAGGAAAAAUGAUCAGGCACUAAGAUUGACACAAAUGGAUAAAAUGUGUAAGAGAGCAACAAAAUGGAUAAAUUGGAAGCACCUUAAAGAGGAUGGGUUACCAUCACAAAGGAGUAAGAAGAGCUUAGGGCAGAAAUUGCUGGCUAUGCUCCCUUCAGAAAACAGUUCUAAGAGUACUGAUGAGGAUGAUGCUCGGGAAGUCUUCAAAAUGCUGACAGAUUUGUUAAAUGAUAAAGAAGAAGCUCUGGCUCAUCAAAGAAAAGUUAGUUACAUGCUUGCUCGGGCUUUGGAAGACAAAGACACCACCUCAAAAGAGAAUAAAGAAAAAAAUCCAGUGAAAGACAUUUUGCCAUUAAAAAAACCCUGGCAGAAAACUUCAGAAUUUCCCCUUUUGCGUGAUCCUGUACAUUCAGAUGUUCAAAUUUUUAAUUCUGCAAGCUGCAUUUGUUCAGUUAAGCACUGUAUUAAAGAUCAAAACUAUACAAGGACUCUUAAAAGAUCCUGUUCUUUGCCAUCAAAUAUCAUGUACUGAAGACAAACCAGUUGAAAUUAGAACUGAGAACUAUGUACAUCAAGACUUUGAAAAGGGACAUGUAAAUGUUGGUACUUCGGAAGUUGCAGGUUUUCCAGGUAUUUCUAAAAUUUAGGAGGCAGCUUAAAUAAAUGUUUUCUACAAGAAAUUUA